GGCCGCCCGCCCCCCAAAUGAGACCAAGAUGGCGGCGCCCAAGGCGAAGAAGGGAAGCUGAGGGCGUGUGAGGCGUGGCGGCGGGCUCCCGCGCGCAGCUAUUAUAACCUUAAGAAUGCAGUUGGUUUGUCAGAGAGUUGGCACUUGCUCCUUAUGUUUGAAGAGACAACUAAAUGGCUUCCUGGGAUUAAUUAAAUGGCAGAGAAGACUGGUUCCUGCUUGUGUCAGAACUAUUUACAGCGAGACGGGGAAAUGGGAAAAAAGCUAUGGGUUGGAGACAAGAAAGAGAGUUGAAAAUUGGUGGCUCCCAAGAAUAAAGGAUGAGUUCUGCAAAAUUUCAGAAACUGAUAAAUCAAGACCAAAAUUUUAUGUGCUUUCUAUGUUCCCAUAUCCUUCUGGAAAGCUUCACAUGGGCCAUGUUCGUGUCUACACCAUCAGUGAUGCAGUAGCUCGGUUCCAGAAAAUGAGAGGGAUGCAGGUGAUAAAUCCAAUGGGAUGGGACGCAUUUGGCUUACCAGCAGAAAAUGCUGCAAUUGAGCAUGGGCUUCACCCUGCAAGCUGGACACAAAGUAAUAUUCAACACAUGAGGGAACAGUUUGAUGCACUAGGUCUGUCUUUUACAUGGGAAAGGGAAAUAACCACUUGCUUACCAGACUACUACAAAUGGACACAAUAUCUCUUUCUUAAGCUUUUCGAGGCUGGGAUAGUGUAUCAAAAAGAGGCCUUGGUUAAUUGGGAUCCAGUGGAUCAGACUGUUCUAGCUAAUGAACAGGUGGAUGACAAUGGUUGCUCAUGGCGUUCAGGAGCAAAAGUGGAACAGAAAUACCUCAAACAGUGGUUUAUCAAAACUACUGCUUAUGCAAAGGCUAUGUUUGAUGCUUUGUCCGAUCUCCCUGAGUGGUAUGGUAUAAAAGAAAUGCAAGCAAAUUGGAUAGGUGACUGUGUUGGAUGCUCUCUUGACUUCAUGCUAAAGGUUAAUGGUAAAGUAACAGAAGAGAAGCUAGCAGCUUACACCUAUACACCUGAAGCCAUUUAUGGAGCUUCCCAUUUGUAUAUCUUACCGACUCACAGACUGCUGCAUGGGAAUAGCAGCCUCAAGGAAGUCUUUCAGAGAGAAUUCAUCCCAGGGAAAGACUCGCUUACUUCAGUGACAGCUGUGAAUUUGCUUACCAAUCAGGAGAUUCCUGUAGUCAUCUCAGCAAAAAGCGAUUUUGAUAAUUUUCUCGAUACUAAAAUAGGAAUACCUAGUACAAGUGCAGAAGAUGCUGCAGUAGCUAAGAAUCUGGGCAUUUCUUUCACUGAAGUCACUGAAACAUUGCCAAAUGGUUUGGAGAAAGUCAUUAAUUCUGGGCAGAUAACAGGCAUGACUCGUCAGGAGGCUUUAAAAGCUAUUACCCAGCAGGCCAGAAAUAAAGGAAUAGGUGGAGACCUAACAAGUGACAAAUUAAAAGACUGGUUAAUAUCUCGACAGCGGUACUGGGGAACACCUAUUCCUAUCAUUCACUGCCAGACAUGUGGCACUGUCCCCGUACCUUAUGAAGACUUACCUGUGGUGUUGCCCAGCGUAACCACCUUCACAGGAAAGGGAGCCUCACCUUUAGAAACUGCUCCAGAAUGGGUGAACUGUUCCUGUCCGAGAUGUAAGGCAGCAGCACGGCGGGAAAUCGAUACCAUGGAUACAUUUGUUGAUUCUGCCUGGUAUUACCUGAGGUAUACUGACCCUCACAACACGGACAGACCCUUUAGUAAUGACUUAGCAGACUACUGGAUGCCUGUGGAUUUGUACAUCGGAGGAAAGGAGCAUGCAGUUAUGCACUUAUUCUAUGCAAGGUUUCUCAGCCAUUUUUGCCAUGACCUAAAGAUGACAAAACACAAGGAGCCUUUCCAUAAGCUCUUGGUUCAAGGUCUUAUCAAGAAUCAGACGUUCAGACUAACAACAACAGGCCAGUGUUUGAAGAGAGAGGAGGUUGAUCUCACUGGAGCUGAACCAGUUUACCGAAAAACUGGUGAGAAGCUCCAAGUUGCUUGGGAAAAAAUGAGCAAAUCUAAGCACAAUGGAAUAGACCCUAAAGAAUUAGUGAAAGAAUAUGGCAUUGACACCCUACGUCUUUACAUUCUGUUUGCUGCUCCUCCAGAACAAGAUAUUUUGUGGGAUGCUAAAACUGAUGCUAUGCCAGGUGUUCUGAGAUGGCAGACACGCCUCUGGAUGCUUGUAACCAAACUUAUUGAAGCAAGGGCUACAGGAGCUGUGCCCAAUCCUGGGCUUCUGAAUAAGAAAGAGAAGGCUGAAGCCAGAAAGAUCUGGGAUCAGAAGAAUCUGGUGAUAUCUGAGGUAACAGAGUACUUCACGAAGGAUUAUUUGUUCAAUGCAGCUAUUUCUCGAUUGAUGAGCCUCACUAACGUACUCCAUCAAGCUUCUCAGCCUCUUAUUCUCCACAGCACAGAAUUUGAAGAUGCCUUGGCUACGCUCUGCAUCAUGGUUGCACCUAUGGCUCCGCACAUUGCAUCAGAGAUGUGGAAAGGUUUGGCACACAUGCAGAAUAAACUUUGUACUCAUCAUCACUGGGAUGUUGAUGUGCUGCAUCAGUCCUGGCCCAAAGUAGACCCAGAGUACCUUCAGCCAUCAGAUGUUGUGGAGAUGUCUGUUCUGAUCAAUAACAAAGCUUGUGGCAAAGUUUUUGUGCCUCAGCAAGCAGCCCGCAAUUUUGAAGAAGUCCAUGAACUAGUUCUUCAAAGUGAACUUGGAGUCAAGCAUCUCCAGGGACGAACCAUUAAAAAGGCCUUUCUGUCUCCCAGAACUGCCCUCAUCAACUUCUUAGUGCAAGAAUAGCAAAGGCUUUGCUGGGCUGUUAAAGGGAACUGGAAUCUUUCGAGAUGAAACCCAUUCAAAAAUACCAGUUAUGGUUAUUUAAAUCUCAUGUAACGGUGGGGAAGAAAUGUUAUUAAAAUCAGGUCGCUGCUAAAUCUUCGUUCCGGCGUGAAGAAAUGCACAAAAUUAAAGUUUCUUUAUGGGGUCCCAGUGAGAUGCUGUUUCUCCUGUAUUCUCUGAGAGAAUGAGAAGGAGGCACAGAAGAACUAAACGAUUGUAACAGAAUGUAAAUUAUACAAAGCGCAGGGGUUUUAGUGUCAGCCUCAGGAAUAUAUCCUAUUGGAAAGUUGGCUUGGCUAAAAUGCAAUGGCAUAAAUAUGAUUCCAGGACUAAACAACCGCCCUGAAUAUGUGCUACACCAAAAUUUAGGUGUGCUACAAUCAGUCUUUGCUGCCUAUAUCUCAUGUUUGGGUACUGUACCGUUAACUAACAUUUUAAGUUGUGAGAAAAUGUUACUACAGAGUGUUAAUUUUAAAAAGGAUUUGUUUAGCACUGGCCAGUGGCCUUCGGCACAGCAGGUAUCCAGAAUUAGGGUGGUCUGAUACAUUUCACCUACGUUUCAGAGCCAAGCCAAGAAAAAGGUCAGAUUAAUUAGCCAAUCCCUGCCUUAGCCAGGAUCCUCCUUCCUCACUGGCAUAUUUCUGUUGGCUCAUACAUGAUUCAGCUUCAGCUAAGUGCUGGCUGUUUCUUCUGCACAGAGCAGAAUGGCAGUUAUUUCCUACGCAUGAGCCACCUCAGAGACCUUUGGGGAGGAUUCAAGUAAGGGAUGAGUUGGCUGCUGGAAAUGCAGCAGUGAAGGCAGACAGCAUGAUUUUUGCCUCUACUCCUAGUUCUUGUAGUGCCUAGAUCAUAAAACUUGAAUAAAAAUUCUUUCUUUUUUUCGAGGGCUUCAUGAAGUGGAAAUAGACAUCAUGUUUCUAAAAAUCAAUCAGACUUUCAUAAAACACAAAGCCAUUCUCAUGCCUCAUUUCAGCCAUUUUAUUUGUACACUCUAUUGCUGUUAUAUCCACAUGGAAAUGUUUAGUGUAUUUAGCAAAUGCUUGAAAAAGGGUUUCCAAAGAGACAAUUACAGGGUUCAUUGUGUAAGAAUUUCUUUUCUUUAACAGCCAUUAAACUAAGUCAUCCAAUAAGUCAGCCAUUUAUGAGCCAUUCUGACAGUUACGAAGUCGGCAAUGGGAACCAGCUAGGCAAAUACAGAGGUCUAUAUUAACCCUCCAGCCCAGCAGUCACCCAGAAUGUGUAUUAGAUUAAGAGGAAAUCAACAAAAAUAUCCCAUGUAACAGUAAAUAAGUCCAACAGAUUCUAAGCAGCUAGGAUCAAGAUAGAUCACACUGCAGUGUGAUCUACCAUUUUGGCUUUGUGCAGUUUUGGUACCUAAGAUCUAGCUGCGUAACAGAGAUGUGAGGCUCAGCGACCAGAUUCAGCUCUACAUGUCCCUACUUCUGCAACAAAACUCCUCUGAUUUCUGCUUCCUCCUGGACCGCACUUGUGCAGAUUUUCUCUCCAGCAGUCCUUUGACACAAGAAUGACUAAGAAAUGGAAUAUUUAUAAUGGAGAUACGGUCUUUGCAAUUUUAAGACUCCAAAAAUCUUAGCCACAAAGGAAUGCAUUCAGAGAUUGAAACACAGGCCUUUAGUUGGAGUUAAAAUAAUUUGAAUUCCAGUGUCUGCCUGACCUAUAUGUUGUUAUAAAUUCAUAGAACUCCUGUUCAGAAGCCCCUAAAAGGACUGUGAAAGAGAUCUUUUAAAGUAAAAUCUGUAGCAGAGCACAGUCCUGCUUUUUUUUCUGUAUAAAAGUUUAACACACCCUGUGGAGCCAUUUUAACAGCGUUUUUCUUGGGGGCAGAAGGUGACAUGUUUAGUGUAAAUAAAACCUUUAAAAAUUUGCAAGGAUGAAGAAAGAUGUUGUAAGUCCAGCAGCCCUAUGGUGCCUUUAAACAAAACUGCAGUCACUCCAGGGCCGAGCAGCAGCCCACAGAGUUUAUUGCUGUUAGCACUGGCCGGUAUUUGCUCUUGCCAGAGGAAGUGAAUUGUGGAUGUCACUUGGUGAUUCAGGCAAAAAUCAAAAUAAGGAAUGGACUCGUACGUGCUAAAAAAGGAAAGGUAGUGAACAGCAGUGGCACAAAAAGUGUAUGAUCAGAAGUCACACCAGCGCGUUUACAGCAAGUUGAGAUUCGGUGUGGUCUAAAGGAUACAAAACAGGCGGUGAAAAAAGUGAGUGAGAUGAUGCAGUAAGUCUGACAGAGCCUCAUCCCCUGGUAAGUGUAUGUUUGAAAGAUGGCAGAGGCGCCAGCGGUGGGGUUGUGCAGUUGUCCUGACAGCUGCUGACACGUCUCAUAAGGUUGACCUGCCCUGAAGCACAAUUGCCGUUUGUCUAACGAUAAUUGUGACUCACAGGUUUGGUCUGUGCCUGGAUGGGACCGACACUGAUACACAGGCUGUAGCCUGUUACGAAGCCUUUUUAAAAUAACAUAUUGCAGACGCCUCUUGCUUAUUUAACAGUUGUUACUUCCGUCACAGUACAGAUGCAUCUUUAUCCUGAAGGUGGAAUAAAGCGUUGUCACAGAUUGUGUGCCCUUGAGGAGUUCAGGAGCUAAAUAGUAUGGGAGAUUUAAAUCUGGACAGGGAUACCUGAGGAGUGAGAAGGAAAAGCACUGACGGGCAAUCAGUCAAAUUGCACUGUUUGUCACGCACAUUGAAAUGGAUAUGGUGCCACUGUUCUUAGUCCAUGAAGUGAUAAGCCAAAGAUGAUGUGGGAGAUUUGCUAAACCCAGUAGGAUAGACCCAGGACAAACUACCCCAAGAAACGGAUCCACGACAUGGAAGGGGUAUUCCCUGCAUCCUAUCGCUCAUGGUGAUAGAAGACUGGUCAUGGCACUGAUCCAGUCUGUAUCAGGUUUCUAUUUUAAAUAAUACAAAAUUUUAAAAAGAAUUACUAUUAUGCUUUCUACCCCAAAAUCAUAACCCCAAAUUCAUGUAACUGAAUUUCCAAAAUGUCCAGCCUUCAAACACUGGUGCUGGAAAAAUAAAAAUUGGCAAAGUUCUGAAAGGUUACUAAGAA